AUGAACAAGCUCAACACAACAUCCGUCUCCCUGGCCGUCACGCCCACGGUGCUCUCUACUCUGUUCUCCCAUUAUCUCAAACGGAAGCCCCUCAGAGAACGGCCGACGGCUCAUCUAUCCUACGACGAAGGCCUGCAUCUGAUUCGCUCGUUCCUGGACUUUGCCUCACAUCACACCAUCGAAGAACUGCAAGCAUUCACGGCCCAGUGGGUUCCGCAUCCUCAAUGGGUAAAGGUCGACGACGCGACCGUCCCGGAGCAGCAGCUGGACCGCUCGGCCGAGCUGCUCCGGGAAGAGCUGGGGCCCGAGGGCAUCCGUCAAGUGGGCGGGCAGCUGUGGUGGCAAUGGAGGAACACCAAGUCAUCUCUCGAGGCCGAAUGGAUCGAGAUGCGGACCGAUGCUCACCAGCGCAAGAAGACCGGUGAUCCCGGAAGGCGCGUCAUGAUGUAUAUUCAUGGCGGCGCAUACUUCUUCGGAAGCGUCGACGAGCACCGAUACCAAAUGCAGCGCCAUGCUCGGAAGCUCCAGGCCCGCAUCUUUGCUCCCAAGUAUCGGCUGGCUCCGCAGUUCCCCUUUCCGUGUGGCCUUCAGGACUGCUUGGCUGCAUACCUCUUCCUUCUCGAAACCCACCAUCCAAGCACCAUUGUCCUGGCCGGAGACUCGGCGGGGGCCGGAAUGGUGGUGUCCAUGCUGUGUGUUCUACGCAAUCAAGGCAUCGCCCUCCCCGCGGGGGGCAUCCUAAUCAGCCCUUGGGUUGACCUGACGCAUUCUUUCCCGAGCGUUGCAGGCGAAGCGCCGUUUGACUACAUCCCGCAGGCGGGUUUCCAUCACAAACCGUCGCGGGCAUGGCCGCCCCCAAACAGUGACGAUGUCCAGAUGCUUCGGGUGGAAGCAGUCAAGGAAAACGACGGGCACAAGAAAUCGGCCAACUCAUCUGAGCUCCAGGCGAAACAGCAAGCUCCCAUCGUUCCCAAAGCUGGGGCAUCAUCAAACGAACCUGGCGGCCAUGCGGCUACCACCGGCGGAAUCCAUACGGACACGGAGAGGUUUCUAACAGUAAUGAUUGCAGGCGAGCUGAACACUGUAAAAGACCAGAUACAGAUGUAUACUACCAACUCGCUACUGUCCCAUCCACUCGUGAGCCCCGUCAUGCAGCCGACGCUUGGGGGCCUACCUCCGUUGUUGAUCAUGGUUGGCGGCGGAGAGAUAUUGCGGGACGAGCAGAUCUAUCUGGCUCACAAAUGCGCCAACCCGGAGAAAUACGCCCCGUCACCGGAAACCCUUACCGGCAGAGGAAGAGAGCUCCUUGAAAAGUACAAGCCGACGGAUGUCCAGCUUCAAGUGUGGGAUGACCUUUGCCAUGUCGCCCCGACGCUCAGCUUCACCCGACCGGCCAAGCACAUGUACCGGUCCGUGGCCCAGUUCGGGGCUUGGGCUCUAGCCCGAGCACAGAAGACAGGGAUCGACAUUCUGGACGACGGAAACAUAUCCGUCAUCACGAGUUCUGGGUCGGACAAUGAGGCCCCGGAAGAGGACAAAAAGAUGGACGAGGAAGAGGGGACCGCACCUGGCCAUGUUGGCAAAGCAGGCGAUCCCUUGCCGCCAUUCAAGAAGCAUAUGAUCCGACAGCGCAUUACCCGCCAUGGCGCCACCUUGCCUCUAGCCCCUGAAACCGAGCUGCCUGGAUGCUGUGUAAAGUCCAACGAAGUCGGCGUCAUCAAGGAGGGGCCGGUCAAGAAGUGGAUGGCCACGAAGAGGCAGUGGGAUGCGAGAUAUGCUGCAGCAAAGGCGAAGGUCCACAAGAAGAUCAUCAAGGACAUUGCUACCGGGUUUAAGGAUUUUGGUCCCGGCGAGCACCCGCCACCCAGCGCGCUAGCUGGACGACGAGUCGAAACCGAUCCGCCGGAGAAGAAGAGGACCAAGAGCAUCGGCCUGUCCCUAUGGUCGUCUUGGGGCUCGAAGCACGACGAGGCGACGGUGGAGCGAGAGCAGAAGGCAGAACAAGGCCCGGAGAUGCAGUCAGUAACCGGUGCCGAGGGCCAGGGAGCGAGGUCCUACGCCGACAUUGAGGCCCAGCAGCCUGCUUCGCCAGCCGCCGAUGCGACAGGCCGCAGCCGCUCCCGCCGCCGGACCGUCGUUGACGAGAAUCAGACUGGCGGGGAUCAGGUGGGUGAGGACACACCAGUUGCCACGUUGUUGACCAUGCGGCGGGCGAAGGAAAGCUCUCCUGGGCUGCUGAGUCCUACUUCCGUGCCCGAGACUGGAGUUGCCGGGAAGCGGCCAUUCAUCGGCGGGAUCGCAAUGCCCUUUAGUCUGGGCAAGGACGCAGACACUGCGAGCAUGGUGACCUUGAACUCGUCCGUGAGCCCUGCGAUCAGCCCGGGACCAGUGGAUUCGCGAACGGACCUCUCGGCCAAGCCGGAACCUGCAAAUGAGGCCAGGGCAGAGCAGCUGCUGGCGGCAGGGACGGAGCGCCCUGGGCUUGAAUCGGUCGUCGGGACCGAGGCCGGCGCGUCAAAUAUGGAGAAAGAGAUGGACAAUGUGAAUGCGGCUAGUGUUGGUGUUUGA